UCACGCACGGUGCGGCCGCGCAGGACCGGCAGCGGACAGAGUUUGUGGCGGCAGAGCGGCGACCGCGCGUCGGCUUGGACACUAACCGGACCCCCGCUGGAGCCGGACUCUCCCGGAACUACCGGACCUCGAGAUUCUUACACUUUUUUUAAACGAAUAUUAUUUUUCUCCAUCUCUCUUUUCCCUCCUCCCUCUUUUUUUGCUCUUCACUCCCCCGCCCCGGUGCUCCGUCCGCCCGCUGCCUCAUCCAGCACCACCGCCUCCCGAGCGAAGUGCCAACCGGAGGAUGCUGCGGCUGUCGGUGCUCGGUGCCCGCUGCUGACGCUCCCUCCACGAAGGAUCAGAGAGCGGGUGACAGCUGUCCCUCCCUCCCCUGUGCACCGGGUCUUCCCCCGGCCGGGCUCCAGCUCCAGCCCCGCGGAGAGAGGACGCACCGGCGGGUCGACGCGCAGCGCAGCGGCGGUCGUGACAGUAAAAGUGGACAGAGAUUGUGGGAGGAAUCGGAUAAUUACCCCCGCCCGUCCCGCUGGAGUGUUUGAUUUGUUUCCAGGUAUUUUUCCCCGGUUCGGUGGAUUGUUAAUUCCGGGUGUUUUUCCCCCGGAGGUCUGGAACGGCUCCGUCUGGACACCGAGGAGGAGCGGAGCCUGUAGCCGGGGCUGGAGCGCUCAGAGCCGGGGAACCGCGCGGCUCUCACCCGGUCCAGAGCGGUGCUGUCCUGCGGAGACAUGGCGGUGCUGAGGUGGGAGGUUCCCAUGUUCCUGGCGGUUGUCCUGCUGGUCUCCUGUAACGCUGCAUCCAGCGACAUCCUCUAUCGAGUUUCUGAGGAGCAGCCGCCCAACACGCUGAUCGGCAGCUUGGCGGCAGACCGCGGCCUCCCCGACGUCGGCCACCUCUACAAGCUGGAGGUCGGCACGCCGUAUCUGCGGGUGGAAGGAAAGACCGGAGACAUCUACACCACGGAGAUCCCCAUCGACCGCGAGACGCUGCAUGACUGCCGCAACCUGUUUGACGGCGACAAGUGUUUCCUGGAGUUCGAGGUGUCGAUCACCGACAUGGUGAAGGGCCUCGGCAUGGGGCCCCGGCUCAUCGAAGGCCGCAUCGAGGUGCUGGACAUCAACGACAACACGCCGCAGUUCUCCUCGCCCAUCCUCUCCCUCUCCAUCCCCGAGAACACGCACAUCGGCGCCCUCUUCGCCAUCCCCAUGGCCAGCGACAGGGACUCCGGCGCCAACGGCGUGAGCGAGUACACGCUGACCACCGGGCCCGACGCCGACCAGCUCUUCGCCCUGCAGGUCGCCUUGGACUCGGACGAGAAGCUGCCGCAGCUGGUGGUCAUGGGCGUCCUGGACCGUGAGAAGAAGGACUCGUACGACCUGAACAUCCGCGUGGUGGACGGCGGGAAGCCGGCGAGGGCGAGCAGCGCCCUGCUGCGGGUCACCGUCACCGACCAGAACGACAACGUGCCCAAGUUCGAGAGGAGUCACUACGAGGCGGAGCUCCCGGAGAACAGCCUGCUGGGUCACUCUGUGCUGCAGGUCAGAGCCAAUGAUGCAGACACCGGCAUCAACGGAGAUAUCGACUACAGCCUCCAUCAGGCGUCGGAGACCGUUCAGAGGCUUCUGCGCAUCGACCGCUCCACUGGAAUCAUAUACGUCAAAGGCCUAGUGGACCGCGAGGACGAGAGUUUCCUCAAGUUCUUUGUGGGUGCGAGAGAUCGUGGGCCCAACUCCAAGUACUCCAAGGUCCUGGUGACCAUCAACGUCAGGGAUCACAAUGACAACGCACCAGCGAUCGAGAUCCGUGGCAUUGGCUUGGUGACGCAUCAAGAUGGUGUGGCCAACAUCUCUGAGGACAUGCCCAUCGGCACCCCGGUGGCGUUGGUCCAGGUGUCGGACCGUGACGAGGGGGAGAAUGCUGUGGUUACUUGUGUAGUUGCCGGUGACGUCCCAUUCCAGCUCCGACCUGCAAGUGAGUCCGCCAACGAUCGGAAGAGGAAGUAUUUCCUGCAGACAACUACCCCGCUGGAUUAUGAGCGUGUAAAGGAAUACAGAAUUGAAAUUGUCGCUGUGGAUUCUGGGAACCCAGCCCUGUCCAGCACCAACUCCCUCAAAGUCCAGGUCACUGACGUGAACGACAACACGCCAAACUUCUCCCCUGCGAUGCUCGAGGUGGACUUUCCAGAGGGAAAUCAACCAGGUGAUAAAAUUCUGGAUGUCGUGGCAACGGACGCAGACAGUGGCACCAACGCAGAACUGGCCUAUAGCAUCAUCGAGCACUCAGCCUCCAGGCUCUUUGAGAUCGACUCCGACACAGGGGAGCUGCGUGUGAAGAACCUGUUGGAUCGGGAGGACACAGAGCGCUACGAGUUCCGUGUGGUAGCUGCCGACAAGGGGGUUCCAAGCAAAACUGGCACUUCUACGGUGGUGAUUAAUGUCCUGGACCGCAACGACAACGACCCCAAAUUCAUGCUGAGCGGCUACAGCUUCUCCGUCAUCGAGAACAUGGCUCCGCUCAACCCUGUUGGUGUGGUGACCGUCACUGAUGCUGAUAAAGGUGAAAACGCCAGAGUCAGGCUGUUUGUGGAACCGGACAACGGGAAGUUUGUCAUCCAGAAUGGCACCGGAACCAUCCUGUCCAGCAUCUCCUUUGACCGCGAGAAGGAGAGCACCUACACCUUCCGUCUGAGAGCCGUGGAUGGAGGUGACCCUCCUCGAUCUUCUUACGUAGGAGUGACCAUCAAUGUCCUGGAUGAGAACGAUAACGCCCCCUAUGUCACCAAACCGGCCAACUCCACCUACACUUACUUGACACCUGUCACUCAACCGGAGACCCUGGUGGAGGUGGUAGAGGCUGAGGAUAUUGACUCUGGACCCAAUGCUGAGCUGGUCUACACCAUCACAGGCGGAAACCCGUUUGACCUGUUCUACAUCUCACCCAGCAGCGGGGAGAUCACACUGGCGCAGGAAUUCACUGGAAAGCACAAUGGGCUGCACCGACUUGUCGUGAAGGUCAGUGACAAAGGCAAACCUCCACGCCACACCACGGCCCUGGUCCACGUGUUUGUCAACGACACCAAGUCCAAUGUGUCCGUCAUCGAGGCGCUGGUGGGACACAGCCUCUACACCCCUCUGGACAGGGACAUCGCUGGAGAUCCCAACUACGCCCUUGCUCAGCGCAGCAACAUCUUGUAUGGCACCCUGGCAGGGUUCGCUGGUGUGAUCAUGGUCAUCGUAGCCGUGGUGGUUAUUAGACACCGGCUGCAGAAGGAAACCAAGAGCGGCUAUCAGGCCGGCAAGAAGGAGAGCAAGGACCUGUACGCUCCGAAGCAGGGACCCAAAAAUGGCAAGGGGAAAAAGAGCAAAAAGGGUCGGGCUCCAAAACCUGCCAAGCCCCUGGAGGAGGAGGAGGAGGCCAGUCUGCAGAAAGGCCUCAAGUUCAACCUCAUUAACGAGAGUGUCACCGACAGUCCCAGAAUCCACCUGCCCCUGAACUACCCGCCAGGAAGCCCCGAUCUGGGGCGACACUAUCGCUCCAAUUCCCCCCUCCCCUCCAUCCAACUGCAGCCACAGUCGCCUUCCGCCUCCAAGAAGCACCAGGCGGUUCAGGACCUCCCUGCCACCAACACCUUUGUGGGAACAGGGGACAACAACUCCACAGGCUCCGACCAAUAUUCGGAUUACAGCUACAAGGCCAACCCGCCCAAAUACAGCAGCAAACAGGUAGGAGACUACGCCAACAGUUCAAUGUACAACAGGGACAUCUAUUGGACCGACCGGGUGUGGUAGUCAUGCUGGGACUUAUUUGGCACUGCCAAUAUUCUUCCACCAAAGUCGCACUGAUUCCCCUGCACAGCACCCGCCUCCAAAAUGUCAUUUCCCCUUUGAUUUUUUUAUGGUUUUAUUUUUGUUCACCAUUCCUUUGUGUUCAGAUUUUGGUUUUCACCACAGUACUCACACCAUGAAGGGUUUCAUCAAGGAUAGACCAGAUAUGGGCUUAACAAUAUUUAUCAGCUGACAUUUGAGUGGAAUUCUGAAACCAGAGCUUCCUACAUGACCUGAUCCAGAACACGGGGGGGGGGUUCUAACGUGUUAAAUGAAGAGUUCCUGGUUUAUUGCAUCACAUGAUGUUAUAUUUUCUUCAUAAAGCUAAAGAGAUAAAAAGAUAAACUGCACGAAGAUGCAAACCCUGAAUUAAGGGUCCACUGCUGAUCUGGUGAAUCCCAUACAGGUCUAUCCUUAGCUUCCAUAUGUUCAUCAUUGUUUGAUUUGUAUUUGUUUCACCUGUUCAUGUUUAAUUUGUGUUCACCUGUUGACGGUGGGUUAAAUGAAGUAGCUUCCGAGUUUCUCCUGUUUUUAUGAGUCACAAAUGUUUUGGAUGUGGAGUUUCUUUGUUCAGCCGUUGGAAGGUUCAAACUGACAACCUCAUUAAGUCUGAAUGUGUUUUUCUUUUCCGUCUUUGUUUUUUUUUUUUCUCCUGGCGAGCUGGCUCAAAGUCCAAAGCCUCUUUACGGCCUGAUCAGCUCGUUGAAGUGUGACAAAGAGUGACAGGGAAUUCCUGAGUUUUAUUUUUUUGUUCCCUUUUUAUUGUUCCUGGGCUUUGUUUGCCCGGGAAGUCGAGCGGCCGAGCGGCACUUCAGAUUGUUUCCAUCCAGUUCAGAACAAUUUAAGGUAAUUUCAGCUCAGUCAGGGAGCCAAGCGGCGAACAGAGAAAUAAAGAAAGGGAAUGAGAAGGUGUAAAAAAACCACUAUGAAGGAAAAGGUACACUAAGACUAAACACAACCAUUUCUUAACCUCUGCUCCUCCUGUCAGUUCGGCUGAAAUACGACUUCAUUUUGCUGUGUUCCCAAUCACCAGGGCUGAAAAGUCAAUUGUUUGCACAGAUUAAUGGCAGGUAAUUUUCCAGGCGCCUGCCUUUCUACCCAGAGUGCCUUGCUCUAUUCUAUUUAAUGUACAAAAAGGGGCGGGGGGGGGGGUGUUGGAGAUGGGGGCCAUUAACUGCGUGAUCGUGACAAGCUUUCACGCCACGUCGGCUCUUUUUGUGGCUGCACGUUGAUGGACUCGAGGCUGUGAAAUGAAACUGUCAUGUGCACUGUGAAAUCCAUGGAGACAAUCACGUUCUGGCUCGAUAGCCAUGUUGGAUCUGUACAUAUAUGUGAUGUCAAAGACUUUAUUUUGUUUGUGCUUUUUCAUCUGCUGUUUAUGUUGCAACAUUAUUGUGUGUUGUGUGUGUGCUUAUUAACAAGGACAUUUCAUUGUUCCCCUGCAUAUUUAAAACUUGCAUUCAUGUGAAUAGCUGAACCAAAGACUCACACACACACACACACACCUGCGUAUGCAUUCCCAUCAUUAUCAUACAGUUCCUCUGAAGCUGCUGUUCAGGCUGUUUCCUGUUUGCUUGGUUCUGCAGAGUUCCUGCUGGUGUUAGCAGCUUGCUAACGGUCCUGCUGGGUUAAUGUUCAGCCUUUAACACUUCAACCCGCAGGCGCCACACUUCACUCGAGUCGGAUUUAAAAGCCCCUUGGCGUCAUAUCAACUGCUCCAUCACGCACAUGCUUAUCCAUGUCCCCCCCCUCUCUGGGGGAGGUAAUUGUACAGUGUUUUGUUUUCUGUUUGUUUUUUACAGCUUUAAGCAGAAUUUAUUUCAAUAAACAUGUUGCUUAAAUGUUAAA